AUGAGGCGCUUGCCUCCACAGCAAUGCGAGAAGAAUCUGAUUGACCUUAUUGAUAUUGUUCCUAGCCUGUGUGAUGACCUACUGGGCACUGUAGAUCAACCGCUGAAAGUGGCUAAAGACAAGGAGACUGGGAAAGAAUAUCUGCUUUGCGAUUAUAGCAGAGAUGGAGAUAGCUAUCGAUCUCCAUGGACAAAUACAUACGACCCUCCGAUUGAGGAUGCACAACUGCCGUCGGAAAAGUUAAGAAAGUUGGAAAUCGAAGCAAAUGCAGCCUUUGAAAGUUAUAGGGACAUGUAUUUCGAAGGCGGCAUAUCUUCCGUUUAUUUUUGGGAUUUGGAUCAUGGUUUUGCAGGUGUGGUUCUCAUCAAAAAGAAUGGUGAUGGCUCCAAGGCGAUCCAAGGAUGUUGGGACUCUAUUCAUGUUAUCGAGAUCAACGAAAGAUCCUCACGCCAAGUGCAUUACAAGUUAACAAGUACGGUAAUGCUGUGGCUGCAAACAAACAAACCAGGCAGUGGUAUGAUGAAUCUGGGCGGAUCGCUCACCAGGCAGGCUGAGCAAGAUGCACCGGUUAAUGAGCAAAACACUCAUCUUGUAAAUAUUGGAAGGAUGAUUGAGGACCAAGAAUCGAAGAUGCGGUCAACCAUCAAUGAAAUAUACUUUGGGAAAACAAAGAAGGUGAUUGGUGAUCUUCGUUCUGUUGAUACUUCUCAAGAAAAGGAGAAGCAAGAGGAAAUUGUUCGUGAGAUUCGUACCGUUGUAGCCGGUCGGAAUAGUGCUGCAUAG